GGGCAUUACUCAGCGGUCGGAUACACAAACCGCUCUGAUUGUAACGGCUUCCGCGGUGCUCGCUUUCAUCCCGUCACAUUUAGCUGUUCAGCAUCACCUGCAGCCCUUUCAGACGGAGAUACGGUUAAAAUAAUUUCAUUAGCGCCCACUGUUACGUUACGUGCAGAUCACACUGCAGUUCAGAUCGAGGGGGAAAUAAGGAGAGCCUCUCUCCUCCCCUCGUCCUCCCUCCCUCCCCUCUCUCGGUCUCUCAUCACACACUGCGGCUCCUCCCUCCACCUUGCCCUGCUCCGGAUCCCCUCCCUUCCGCUAUGUCUCUCUUUCUCUCCGUCUCCAUCCCUCCUUCAUUCCCCACUCAAUCUCCCAGCCUAGCCGAGACUAACAGAGGAUGCACCCUCCCCAUGUGUGCGUCUGUGUGUGUGUGCGGCACGCCGUGUGAAGCACAUGUGUCAGUGUGUAUACACAUGUGGCUUCGCAGCAGCUGAAGCGAAGGACUCGUGAAGUGCUCUGGACUUGGACAUCAGAUCCUUUCUCCUCAUGCAUAUUUACCACAUUUUUUUAACAACACUCCAAAAUCCUUCCUAUUAAAGACUCUCAUUUUUUUCCUCUCGGGGCAGCAUCUCGAUGGAAUCUUCAACCCUUUCCCCGGUAUCUUGGAUUUAAUGAGCAGCCACCGUGGGAUGAGGCAAGCGAUUUCUGGAUUCCCAUCGUUACAGCUCUGGUGGCUGAGAAACUGAAGAAGGAAUGCUGUGAGGGGAUGUGGAUUAAAGGGAGACGUUACCCACCUCACAUCUUCAGCCUCCCGCCUUCCGCACAAUAAGCAGCUCCAGCAGCUCUUUGGAAUCAGCGGGCCAGCAAUUACUGCCUGUAACCGAUAAGAUGGCAGCCGGGGAAGCGACUGGGCACAGCUACCUGGUGGCUUGCUGGCAGCCCAUUCUGAUCCUGAUGCUGGGAACCGUGCUGUCUGGCUCCACCACAGGCUGUCCGUCCCGCUGUGAGUGCAAUGUUCAAGAGCGCUCUGUGAUGUGCCACCGCAAGAAACUCAUGACAGUUCCUGAGGGCAUUCCUGCAGAAACUAAACUGCUGGACCUCAGUAAGAACCGCAUUAGAACCAUCAACCCAGACGAGUUUGCCAACUUUGCUAACCUGGAACACCUGGAGCUCAGUGAAAACACAAUCUCCACCAUUGAACCUGGAGCUUUCAACAACCUUUACGGCUUGCGGACAUUAGGGUUGCGUAGCAACAAGCUUAAGCUUAUCCAGCUUGGUGUUUUCACAGGCCUGAGCAAUCUCACGCAGCUGGAUAUAAGUGAGAACAAGAUCGUGAUCCUGCUGGACUACAUGUUCCAGGAUUUGUACAACCUACGGUCUUUAGAGGUGGGUGAUAACGACCUGGUUUUCAUCUCGCACCGGGCUUUUCAUGGCCUAAGUAGCCUUGAGCACCUGAGUCUUGAGAAGUGCAACUUGUCCUCUGUACCAACAGAGGCUUUUACCCACCUCCACAGUUUGAUCACUCUCAGGCUGCGCCACCUCAAUAUCAAUGUCAUAAGGGAUUACUCCUUUAAAAGGCUCUAUCGGCUGAAAGUGUUGGAAAUAGCCAAUUGGCCAUAUUUGGAUACGAUGACUCCAAAUUGCUUGUAUGGAUUAAAUCUCACCUCCCUGACCAUUGCAAAUGCCAACCUGACCACAAUUCCUUAUAUAGCCCUGAGGCACUUGGUUUAUUUACGCUUUCUUAAUCUUUCAUAUAACCCUAUCCACACCAUCGAGGGGAAUAAGCUUCAUGAUCUUCUGCGUCUGCAGGAAUUUCACCUGGUAGGUGGCAGACUGGCAAUGAUUGAGCCCUACUCUUUCCGUGGUCUAAACUACCUGAAGAUUCUAAAUGUGUCUGGAAACUCUCUUACUACUUUGGAGGAGUCCGCUUUCCAUUCAGUCGGCAACCUAGAGACCCUUGCCUUGUAUGAUAAUCCCUUGGCCUGCGACUGCCGACUGUUAUGGGUUUUCCGACGGCGCUGGAGACUGAACUUUAACCGGCAGCAGCCUACCUGUGCCUCCCCUGAGUUUGUCCAAGGCAAAGAAUUCAAAGACUUCCCGGAUGUUCUGCAGCCAAACUACUUCACGUGCCGCAAGUCUAGGAUUAGGGAUCGCAAACCGCAGCAGAAAUUUGUCGAUGAGGGAGCCAUUGUUCAUUUUGCUUGCCAAGCAGAUGGAGAUCCUGCUCCAGUGAUAAUGUGGCUUUCCCCGCAGAAAAAGUUCAUCACCACCAAGACAAUUGGAAGGCUCUCAGUGUUGCCAGAUGGUACCCUUGAGGUGCGCUAUGCCCAGAUUCAAGACAAUGGUACAUAUGUGUGUAUAGCUAGCAACGCUGGCGGGAACGACACCUCUCUUGCUCACCUGCACAUUCAUAGCUACUCGCCUGACUGGCCACACCAGCCCAACAAGACUUUUGCCUUCAUUUCCAACCAGCCAACAGAAACUGGUGCUAACGGUACAAGAGCCAACGUCCCUUUCCCGUUUGAUAUAAAGACCCUGAUCAUUGCAACCACAAUGGGUUUCAUCUCAUUUCUUGGUGUCGUCUUGUUUUGCCUGGUACUGCUCUUCCUUUGGAGCAGAGGUAAAGGAAACACUAAGCACAACAUUGAGAUCGAAUAUGUGCCACGGAAAUCGGACGCUGGCAUGAGCAGCAGCACAGUCGAUGCUCCUCGCAAGUUCAACAUGAAAAUGAUUUAACGGAGCUGUGGAAUUUAUUCAUUUUGAACUAAAAAAAAUAAGACAAAUGGAAAAGAAGACAUUCUCUUUCCACCCCUACAAACCUGUGGAUCCUGGUCUGUGAACAUAGAGUAAUAUGUUUUUUUCCUGACUGAUGUACUGAAGAGGAGGGCACUUCCUGACUUUAACAAGUGAGAGGGAAUGAACGCACAUCCAGUGUUGCUGUGCAUUGGUGGUUUCUACAAGGCCUGUGAAGGGCAUUAAUUGAAAGUCAGAUUUGUCAUAAGCACUUCAUAUUUCUGUGGAUUUAUACCGGGAUAAAUAUACCAGAAAAGAAAAACACUUCAAGCAGCCAGAAUGCGAGGAGCAGAUCAUGUUUUGGCCAUUGCUGUUUUUUGUCUGUAUUUUUUAUUUAGUGUUUGUUUUGUUGUUUCCGAGGUUAUAUGUCAGUUUAUGACUGAGAUUUGUAUGGGUUUUUGAGCACAUUUAUACAACGUUGAUGCAUUUCAACUACAUGAUCAUUACAAUUCAUCAGUGUUACAUUUGUGAAUACUAUGUGCUACAUAUGGUCUUUUUGUUUCUUACAGUGAUGAUUGUUCUGUAAUCAGUCAAUGUAUAUCUGUGUCACAACACCUGAUGAAAAUUAAUGCAAAUGUGUGCCCCAGAAAUUAGCAGAAAUACACAAUAGGGAGAACAAAACUGUUAGUGAUGUACUAUAUAAAACAUAGUUGAAUGUCACAGCAGCUAAUUCAUAGCACUCUUCCCAACCAAGAUAAUUCAGUGAUUUGAACUGUAAAACAGUUUACAUUAGUCGUUAUUUGGCCUGAAAAGCUGAAUGAGAUACAAAAUUAGGUACUCUGAAGAUACAUAAAUUCAGUCAAAUAUAUGGAUGCAUCAGUGCAACUAUUACUAUUGAAACCAAUUAUCAGUACUGGGCUGUCAAAAUCAGCCUGAUGGUCCGUUGCAAGAAUUUUAUUUUUAGAAAGAUAAAUGAUAUUUAGUAUUAGAUUAUUGAAAAAUAGCAGGAAAUCCUGUUGUUAAAUAUGACUCUUUGUAUACCAUUCGAGCACCGGGGAAUUGCUCUAAUAGAACAUUUUGAGCACAGUAUCUGAUAUCAGUAUCAGUGUCACUCAUCCCUAAUCUUCAGAUGAAACAGAAGGAAAUGUGAGAUGCCGUUAUUAGAUGCUCUGUAUCUACAAUAGAUGCAGCAUCUAUCCUACAGUGCUGCGUGCAAACAGAACGGUUUGCAUUGGUACCUUGACACUGCAGGCUCUUAUCCCUGACUUUAAAUGGCAUUUCAAAAAUGAUUAUGUAACGGUAUUAUUUGUGCUCAACAUGACUGGGAGGAGUAAAAGUUGUGGUGCUCAUGUUUUUUGGAUACAAUGUGCUCCUGAAGCUGUAGAAUAUUUCUUUCAUUGCUGGGUUUCUUUUCUUGAUUGUUCAGUGAAAUCAAUGAUUUAUUUAUGCCGAUGCUCCCCCCAUUAAAGCCAUGGAAAUAUUACCUUCCAGGAUCAUUUACAGGUUUGCUAUUCCCCAGAAAUGUGCAAUGUUUGUCAGGGGAAAAGGAACUGUGCAUAUUACGCUCCCGGUUGGCCCUGCAUAUAAAAUCUGAGGUUACAGCCUUACCUUCUCAAGAACACACUGUGGACAGCUGGGCUUUGCAAACGUGUGUGAGGAUAAAGGCUAAGUUAUUUAUGAUGGAUGACAUUACAGACAACGACACAGUAAUGGGAUGGAAGUAUGGACAGAAUAUGCAGAUGGGAGGGGUGACACAGAUGGUUUCACCCAUGGAGCAAUCUGAAGCAGCUUUGGUGUAAUCCGUUUUGCAUAAAGGAAAAAAAAAAAAAACACUGAAUAUGGCUCAUGGUUCUCCCUCUUGCUGAUUAUGAAUGCUCUCUUCGUUCAAAGUGUGGCUACUGUACCUAGCCUUUUUGGUCCUGAGUGAUCUCGGGAUUAUGUUCUUUUUUUUGUUUCUGUUAUUCCUUUUUUUUUUUUUUUUUUGACCCUGGACUAUAUUGACCAUGUAGUCCAAGCCAACUUUUUACAAAAAAAAAGGUACUAAAAAAGAAAAUCUAUGGAAAAUACAUUCAAAUUGUUCUGUGCAAUAAAGGUAAUAUGCAGAUUUUUUUUUUUAAUUAACAAAAUUUUGUUGAUGUUGAAUUGUUGAGAAUAUGGUAUGUUGUAUUAAACAAUCUAUGGA